UUGGGACGGCACGCACCGCGGGGUGGGGAAACUGCGGCUCCUGCACACCUGGACCUGCCUCCAAACCACAGGUGGAAACGGGUGGAUCUUUGUGGACAAGUGCAGGCCCCGAGCCUCGAGCCCACCGCACACCUUCAAGGUGACCCUCACAGUUGCCCACCUGCCUGGACCAUCCCACCCCAACUCCUCCACCAGAGAGAGGGACAUGCUUCUGGGACUGAAAUGGGGACAUCUGGACACACACUGGCCACUGUCCCAGGACCACCCACACGCCCCAUCUCCUCACUCUCCUAGUUGGCUGCAACUCGCCCUUUCUAACUCCAGCGCCACCCACAACUGAAGUUGGUAGGGAAGAAAGUGAACCUCCGAAGCUCGGUCUGCCUCCGCUUUGGCUCCUGUGGCACCUGACGGAGAUGAGAAGCCCUCGGAGAAGGAACCCAGGACCCUGAGAGGCUCCUGCUCCCACCCCAGGGCCCUCGCGAAGCUCCAAGCCGCCUCCCCCACAGCAGGGUCCUUCUCACUUUUCCCAAGAGACCCAGCAGGCAGCCUGGGACCAGGCAUGGAGAUGCCAGGUGCGCCCCUUCCCACCCCACCCUGCCCCCCACUGCUGGUCUGGAGCAGCUGAGUGGCUGGACCCUCCCUCCCGCUGUCUGACACUCAAUCAGAGAGAAACCGAUCCGGGAAGGGCAGGGUGCCAGGGGCAGGGCCAAGAAUAGUGCUGCCCAGCCACAGUGUCGCACACUUGCUCUCUGUGGAUCCGGUUGGCUGCAUGGAGCCCGAGCUGGAGCACGCACUAUGCAGGACCCCAUCCUGGAGCGACCUGGGGGGACCCGAGCAUCAAGAGAUGAGCUUCUUAGAGCAAGGAGAUAGCAUUUCAUGGCCAUCACCAGCCAUGACCGCCAGUUCAGAAAGAAGCCAUGGAACACAGGGGCCCGAGGCCUUGAGUUGGACAAAGCAAAAGGCUGUGGAGGCAGAGGAGCUGUCAGGCCCGGAGGAAGGUCCCCAAUCCAGGCCGGCUGCUGAAUCCACCGGGCUGGAGGCCACAUUCCCCGAGGCCACACCCUUGGCCCAAGCUGCUCCCUUGGCCGGGGUAGACACUCCACCACCAGAAAGGGGCAUCCUCCCCAGUGACUGUGCAUCCUCAUCCACUGGCUCCAGCACAGAUGAUCUGGACCUGGGCAUAGAGUUCUCAGCCACAGCAGGCUGGGGGUGUGAGCUCGGCCUGGUGGAAGAGACGCCUGCCCGGUACCCGUCCCCGCGGGCCCUCUUACCCAGGCUGGGCUGGGACGACGAGCUGCAGAAGCCAGGGGCCCAAGUCUACAUGCACUUCAUGCAGGAGCACACCUGCUAUGAUGCCAUGGCAACCAGCUCCAAGCUGGUCAUCUUCGACACCACACUGGAGAUCAAGAAGGCCUUCUUUGCCCUGGUGGCCAACGGCGUCCGGGCGGCACCUCUGUGGGACAGCAAGAAGCAGAGCUUUGUGGGGAUGCUGACCAUCACGGACUUCAUCCUGGUGCUGCAUCGCUAUUACAGGUCUCCCCUGGUCCAGAUCUAUGAGAUUGAAGAACAUAAGAUUGAGACCUGGAGGGAGAUCUAUCUUCAAGGCUGCUUCAAGCCUCUGGUCUCCAUCUCUCCCAGCGACAGCCUGUUCGAAGCCGUCUACACCCUCAUCAAGAACCGGAUCCACCGCCUGCCAGUCCUGGACCCGGUCUCGGGCGCCGUCCUCCACAUCCUCACACACAAGCGGCUGCUCAAGUUCCUGCACAUCUUUGGCACCCUGCUGCCCCAGCCCUCCUUCCUUUCCCGCACCAUCCAGGAUUUGGGCAUCGGCACAUUCCGAGACUUGGCCGUGGUACUGGAAACAGCGCCCCUCCUGACCGCACUGGACAUCUUUGUGGACCGGCGCGUCUCUGCGCUGCCUGUGGUCAAUGAAGAGGGACAGGUCGUGGGCCUCUACUCUCGCUUUGAUGUGAUCCACCUGGCUGCCCAGCAAACCUACAACCACCUGGACGUGAGCGUGGGAGAAGCACUGAGGCAGAGGACGGUGUGUCUGGAGGGAGUCCUUUCCUGCCAGCCCCACGAAAGCCUGGGGGAGGUCAUCGACCGGAUUGCCCGAGAGCAGGUACACCGGCUGGUGCUGGUGGACGAGACCCAGCACCUCCUGGGCGUGGUGUCCCUCUCUGACAUCCUUCAGGCACUGGUGCUCAGCCCUGCUGGCAUCGAUGCUCUCGGUGCCUGAGGAAGUCGGAGUCCUCACUCCCAGCCACCUACCACAUCCAGAAGCCAACGCAGGGAGCCAGGCACCCGGCCUUCCUGUCCCCCCACCCCCAUCUGCUGGUUCGGCUCUGGUUCAGGCUUCUCCAGCCCUCCCUAACUGCCCUUGCCCUGCCCGUGCUCCCAGAAGCCCUCGGGAAGGCCCAGUGCACCAUGGGAUGAUGAAAUUAAGAGCAGCUGUCAGCCUGGAGGUCCCUGAGCCAGAGGCACUGGCAUUACCCCAGGGCCGACUGCUCCACGCCCACCCACAUCGCUUUCCCGAAACCUGGGUCCUGACUGGCCGAGUGGGGCAGUGAGCCCUCAGCCAGUGGGUUAGUCAGGGACUCCGGGUUCCUUGGCUUCUCGACUACCUGCUGCUCAUGCGCCCAGCUCCUGGCAGUCCCAGCUAUUCUUCCCCCAUGGAAACAACCCUAGUGGUCCCCCACAACUUCGCCACUGCCCUCCUACUCUCCCAGCACUGUCAUUUCAAGGCUGCUGGGGGUCACCACGGAACAGCAGUUAUUUCUGGAGCUGCCUGUUGGAGUGGGCGUCCCCCUCCAUUCUCAUCCUUAGCUCUCGCUGGCAAACAGUGUUCUCAGUCCACAGGCAUGGUCUGGAUUCUGAUCACUGAGGAUGUACGAUGGAGAAAACAAAAAGAACAGCCCACGAACUUAGAUUUUUACAAGUUUCACUCAGAAAACAGUACAGUCGUUUGACCUAAGCUUGUGGCAAGAUCCCUGUGCUUUCUGAAUUCAAAGACACGAAGGAAAAGCUCUCGUUGACGAACGCUGCAGUGCCUUUCAUUUCCUCAUAGAGUAUUGUUCCACCAAAAUUUUUUUCAUCUUUUAUUUAUAACAAGACCAUAAAGAAAAUAUGAAUUAGUCACUUACAUCAUAGGUACAACUCAGUUCACAGACUCUAAUCUAUAAGAAACAUAACUUUAGUUUUCCAAUGCUGAAUAUGAACCUUAUUUCAUCAGGUGGCAGAGAUUAAUCUGUCAGUUUGGGGUUCCCCUCCCACUUUUCCUUGGGUUAAGUUCGGUGAGGGGGGCAGGCUUGAAGUAGUGUAAGGCUUUGUUCCUCAGUCAGCGUCAUCUGUCCUUGCCAGCACCUGCUAAAACAUCCCUGCUCCCAUGUGAUUGUCACUUGGUCAUUGGUGGGCGUGACCUCCGCUAGGAGCUCCCUCCCUCACAAGAAGCCUCUUUGGGCCUGCCCGCCCCUGGGGCGUGAGGGCAUUCUAGCUCCUGGCCCUGCACCCCUCUGGGCUGCAGGAAGCUCUGUGGGACUGUCCCGUCUGCUGAGAUGGAUAGCAGGUGGCCUGUCCUAUUCUGCACCUCAGGGUUUUCCCAGCCUCUACCCAGGAAACAUGGGGCCCUUACCAUCUCCAAACCUAUCUAGGGUUUUUGUCAUAUUCCCGCCUCCCUUCAGACACAGCUCCCUUCUCAGGGACCCCAGAAAUGUCUACACUGUCUUAGCUCCCCCAACCCCACCAGCCUCUGGAAUCUUUACCCAGUCGGGAAAGAGGGGGCCUUUUUCUCUAAGCCAUCAUAUAUUCUUCCAAAUCCACUGUAUGUGUCCUGAGUUCUUGCCACCCACCUUGAGGGUCAGGCGUUUGAAAUCCCAAAGGCAAGACUGGGCUUCUGCUGUCUCAUCCCUCCCCUGUGGCCAUGGCCACUGUAGGUCUAGCUGUCCAGUGGGGAGGGGUAGGUUAUAUUUCUAAAACACAAUCCCACCCCAUUUCCCUCACAGAGUCACAGAGGGUAGACAUUGGAGCUCGAUAGGUCAGGCAGCAAACAAAGGCGUUUUCUCCUGGACAGUCAGCUUGUUUCCCUAUUGCCGUAACCCGCUGGUCCGUGCUGGCUCUGCUCUGGCCCCACCUGGGAAGGUCCUAUGUCUUGGGCUCAUGUGGGAGGAUGGGAUGGAGUGCUCUCUGGGCCUGUCUCCAGGGACAGAGUCCUUGGGGAGCCAGGGGCAGGCUGCCUCCAGCCAUGUCUGGCUCUAGGGAAAGAGCAGCACCGUCAGUGUUUUGAGGCGCUGCAUGAACAGACCUUCGGAGGGCUGAGCACAGGCUUGAGGAGGAAAGGACAGCCUGAGGAAGGCACUCUUCCGCCUCCUGUUCCCCAUGAGAGCAGAUAGGUCUCUACUCUCUGAGCCUGCCAUCUAAGGACCCAGCAGAUCCCCCCUGGGGCCCUCCUCCCCCGCUGCCUCACAGCCAGCCCUCAGCGCCUGACCCAGCCCUCCAGCUUCACGGCUGCAAGAGGAGAGGCAGAGAGCUGCCAUGGGAACUGCAGCUAGCUCAGAGGAAAGGCGCACCCUUGUGUGAAACCUCCCUGCUGUCCCCUCUGCUCACACCCGUGAACUUGGGGCUGCCCAAGCUUCCCAGCAUCAUUGCCUCCUUGUCCCCAACUCCUCCCCCACCUCUGAGGCCCCUCCGAGGCCCCUCCAAGGCUCUGUGGCCUUGGGGCUGGACUCCCACAGACUCCUUAGCUCAACCCGUCCCUCCUCUCCCAACCCUCUCAGUAGUUCUCAACCGUGGAUGUGCAACAGGACCACCCGAGGUCUUCAGAAAAUGCAGAUUCCGGGGCCCCAUCCCUAGGGAUGCUAAUGUCCUGAUUAGGCGUGGGACCUGGGCAACUGCAUUUAUUUUCUGUAGAAACUAGAGACUUUACGAUUAAUAGUGCGUGAUGAGCCUGACAGCGUGCUGAGAACUAAGGAUGCCUCAUUCUCAUAAUUAGUAAAAUCACUGGGUUUAUCUACUACUUA